AUGGAUAGGGCCUUCUUCUGGCUGGUGUCCCUGCUGCUCUCCUCCCUCAUCUGGUUUAUCGCCGUCAAGGCCAGCGACCCCCGCGAUGAGCGGCUGCAGAGGGGGCUCUUGAUUUUUGGGGUGAUGUUCUCCGUGCUGCUGCAGGAGGCCUUCCGCUUCCUCUACUACAAGCUCCUCAGUGAGGACGGCUGCUCUCCCUUUUCCAUCCAGCAAAUGGCAUAUGUGGCUGGUGUGGGCUUUGGGCUCAUGAGUGGCGCCUUCUCCAUGAUCAAUCUCCUGGCAGACGCAUUAGGACCUGGCACCGUGGGCAUCCAUGGGGACUCACAACUCUACUUCCUGACCUCAGCUUUUAUGACCAUGGUGCUGAUUUUCCUGCACACGUUCUGGGGGAUCCUCUUCUUCCAUGGCUGUGAGCACCGGCGCUGGUGGGAGAUCACGGCAGUUGUUGUCAUGCACCUCGCAGUGUCGGGUUCGACAUUUUGCAACCCCCUGUACGUGGGCAGCCUGGUGCCCUCCUACCUGCUGAUGGCCGCUGCUGCUUCCUGGGCUUACCUGCUCUCAGGGGGAUCCGCCCAAAACCUGCGGCGCUUCCUGCUCUGUCUACAGAGCGGAGCCAGCCCCCAGCCAGGAUCCUGA